CGGCAGGUCGCUCUUGUUUCUUUGCGGUAUAUAUACAUAUAUAUAAAUAUAUAUAUAUAUAUAUACGGCCGAUCCUGUCGUUCGCUUCGUAUUAUUUUACGUAUCGCGCGCGCGCAUCGCCUCAAAACAGAUUGAUUGCGAUUUUCAAAGAGAAGGAGAGACCGAGAGGGCGAGGAGGAUUGUUUUGCACGAUGAAUCGAACAGUUGUGUCAUUGUUGUUUUUCCGAGAUGAAUUGAUAUAGAAAGUGCGUUGAUUUGUUAGUUAUUUACGAGGGAUACGGUGUUGUGCAGGUUGCUUAUACAUGUAUACACAUAUAUAUACACACACGACUGCUAAGUGAGUGAGAGACGCGGUGAGAGAGAGAGAGCGCCAGGAGGUUCAACGCACCUGGGGCGGCUUAAGCGCUCACGAGUGUGCGCCUGGCUGCAGCGCAAGCGGAGCCGGUGAAAGAGAGGAAAAAGGGAGAGAGGAUGCUGCCGCCGCCGCCGCCGCCGUUGAUGCACCGAGCCUGCUGUUGCGGCGGUGAUCGCGAGAAGCGAAGAAGGAAGAAGGAGCGAGGAACCGAACGUAGAAGCAGCGACUCGUAAAGGGGAUCAAGCUGCCUCUGGAGUGCGAAUCCCGAAAAAGCAAACGACGAAAAGCCAAAAAGAAGCCAAGAUGAAGCUAAGAAGAGUGGAUAUCGUCGUGGCGUUCGUUAGCCUACAACUGCUAUUGUUGACGGGCGGUGGGGCGCUAGGCGAAGGUGGCUUGGAGACGGCUCUGGCUGGUACCAUUGGCAAUCACAAUGGGGUCCGCUGCCCGUGGGCCUGCACCUGCGGCGGCCAGGAGCUCGAUUGCGCGCUUCGCGGACUCACCCAAGUGCCCGGCAACCUGGCCGCCCUCACUCUCGCCGAGAAACUGGAUCUGCAGGGCAAUAACAUCUCCGUCAUCUUCAAGACUGACUUUGAAGACAUGGCCACGCUUCGAUUGCUGCAACUAUCCAACAAUCAGAUCCACACGAUCGAGCGCGGCGCCUUCCAGGACCUUGUCAGCGUGGAGAAGCUCAGGCUCAACAACAAUCACAUCCGCUUUCUACCGGAUCUCCUCUUCAGCAACAUGAUGAAUCUUAAGCGGCUAGAUCUCAGUCACAAUCAAAUUGCGAUGAUUGGGCCGAAAACGCUACGGGGCAUCGCGUCGUUAAAACAUUUGCUGCUCGACGACAACGUGCUGAGUUGCAUCGACGAGGCUGCCAUACGCGAGCUGAAGGAGCUUGAAAUCCUAACACUCAAUAACAACAAGCUGACAACGUUGGGUAAGGACGUGUUCACGGGCCUAGCGCAUCUGCGUACACUGAAACUGUCAGACAACGCGUUCACGUGCGAUUGUCACCUGGUCUGGUUAUCGCGUACGCUCAAGACGUUCUCGCGCUUGGGUCAGAACACGAGAUGCGCAGCGCCAGCUCAUCUCAAAGGCCAGAACCUCGUCGAUCUGCAGGAGCACGACUUCAAGUGUUCGGGUCUGGUCGAGAAGCCGAGUUCGGAGUGUAGCAGCGAACCGUCUUGUCCACAUCCGUGCCGUUGCUCGGAAGGUAUCGUCGACUGCCGUGAGAACUCGCUGACUCGGGUACCGACUUACCUACCCGAAGACACCGUCGAGCUACGGCUCGAGCAGAACGGCAUCACUGAGAUACCAGCCAAGGCGUUCUCACCCUACAGGAAGCUACGGAGAAUCGACCUGAGCAACAACAAGAUCCGCAAAGUAGCGGCGGACGCGUUCCACGGCCUCAAGUUCCUCGAGUCUCUCGUGCUGUACGGCAACAAGAUAACCGAGCUGCCGUCGGGCAUAUUCCAAGGCCUAACGAAUCUGCAAUUGCUGCUGCUUAACGCAAAUGAGAUCUCGUGCAUACGCACUGAUUUGUUCCGCGACCUGUCGAGCCUCACGCUGCUAUCGCUCUACGACAACAACAUCAAGUCGCUGAGCAACGGGACCUUUGCCAAUCUGCGCAACAUCAAGACGCUGCACUUGGCGCGUAACCCCUUCAUUUGCGAUUGCAACCUGCGUUGGCUAAGCGAGUACCUGCACAAGAAUCCGAUCGAGACAUCGGGCGCAAGAUGCGAAUCGCCAAAGAGGGCGCUCAAGAGGCGUAUCGACAACAUGCGCGACGACAAAUUCAAAUGUAAGGGCGACGAAGAAGUUUUGACGAAGAGAGCCGGCGAGUGCAUCUUACCGGGACCAUGCCCAACGUCAUGCACCUGCAACGGCGCCACGAUCGAUUGCUCCAAUGAGAAUCUCACCGCUAUCCCCAAGGAUCUGCCUAUUUACACGUCUACUCUGCUGCUGAAGAACAAUGCGAUCGAGAAGAUCAAAGCGGAGAAUAUCUUCGAGAAGCUGCCGGAGCUGCAGCACCUCGACCUACGUGGCAACCGGAUCUCGCGAAUCGAGGCUGGCGCCUUUGAGGGGGCAAACAAGCUGACCGAUCUGCUAUUGUCGGACAACAAGCUGCGGGAGGUGCACACCAAGAUGUUCGGCGGCCUGACGAGCUUGAAGAGCCUGAAUCUCCACGGCAAUGCGAUCACGUGCAUGAUGCAGGCGUCUUUCGACAAUUUGCCCCACUUGCAUUCCAUCAACGUCCAGGGAAAUCCGCUGUCUUGCAACUGCCACUUGGCCUGGUUCAGCGAGUGGCUGAAAAAGCACGAUAGCGUAUCCGUCAGCGGACACUGCCACGAUCCGCCUCGCCUCAAGGAUGCCGCUAUCAACGACAUUCCGCGCCACGAGUUCAAGUGCAACAGUGAUAGCGUGGGAUGCCUAGGCGACGACUAUUGUCCGCCACAAUGCAGCUGCGCAGGUUCGGUGGUGCGCUGUUCCCGCUCGCGUCUCACGGAGAUCCCGCGCGGCAUACCGCCGGAGACGACGGAGCUGUACCUCGACGUGAACGACAUCAAGACGAUCCAGCCGGAACGUCUUGCUCACCUCAGCAUUCUCACGAGGCUGGACUUGAGUAACAACCAGAUUGGCAUGCUGUCGAACGACACGUUCAGAAACCUGACCAACCUCGCGCAUCUGAUCAUUAGCUACAACAAGCUGCAGUGCGUGCAACGUGGCGCGCUCGCCGGCCUCAAGAGUCUUCGCAUCAUCUCGCUGCACGGCAACGACAUAUCGGUGAUACCCGAGGGCGCCUUCGAGGACCUCAAAUCCGUCACACACAUUGCUCUGGGCUCCAACCCAUUGUACUGCGACUGCAACAUGCGCUGGCUGGCCGAAUGGGUGAAGCGAGACUACGUCGAGCCGGGCAUCGCGCGCUGUGCCGAGCCCGCGAGUAUGAAGGACAAGCUUCUGCUCACCACGCCGGCUAGUUCCUUUCUGUGCAAAACCAAACAACAGCCAGCCGACGUCCUGGCGAAAUGCAACGUGUGUUAUACAACGCCCUGCCAAAACGGAGGACUAUGCGAGGCGUUACCGAACAAACACUUUCGUUGCAAAUGCGCACCAGGAUAUCACGGGGACCGGUGUCAACAUAAAAUUGACGCGUGCUAUGGAAAUCCUUGCCGGAACGCCGGAACUUGCAAAGUACUGGAGGAAGGAAGAUUCAGUUGCAACUGUGCACCCGGAUACGAGGGACUCCGAUGUGAGACCAACAUCGACGACUGCGUCAAGCACAAGUGCGAGAACAACGCCACCUGCCACGACCUCGUACAGGCCUACCGAUGCGACUGCCUACCAGGAUUUACCGGCGAGUACUGCCAGGCAAAAAUACCCUUUUGCUCAAAAGAACACAAUCCUUGCAAGAACGGAGGCAGAUGCGUCGACCACCAGACCCACUACGCGUGCGAGUGCCCCGUCGGUUUCGCCGGCCUCAAUUGCACUGACAACCUCGAUGACUGCGAUAAUAAUUUAUGCCAGAAUGGUGCUACAUGCAUCGAUGGCAUAAACAACUACGAGUGUAAGUGCGCACCAGAUUAUACAGGGAGGUACUGCGAAGUUGCACCAUCAACUGCCUUACUAUACCCUCAAACUAGUCCGUGUGCUCAUCAUGAUUGCCAACAUGGUGUUUGUUUCCUACCAUCGCCGGGUUCUGGAGCUGAUUACCUGUGCCAGUGCCAUUCUGGUUAUACUGGCAAGAGGUGUGAGUACAUGACAAGUCUGAGCUUUAUCGAUAACAACUCGCUGGUCGAGUUCGAGCCACUUCGCACACGGCCCGAGGCAAACGUGACGAUUAUUUUUACGACGAGCCAGGAGAACGGAGUACUGCUUUAUGAUGGGCAAAGCAGCGAACACUUGGCCGUGGAGCUGUUCAUGGGUCGAGUGCGCGUCUCGUACGACGUCGGCAACUACCCGACAUCGACGAUGUACAGUUACGAGCAGGUGUCCGACGGCAAGCCCCACAUGGCCGAGCUGCUGGCGAUCAAGAAGAACUUUACCAUGCGCAUCGAUCGCGGUCCAGCCCGAAGUAUCAUCAACGACGGCCCCAAGGACUACCUCAAGCUCACCAAGCCGAUGUACGUCGGGGGCGUUGCCACGGAGACUGCCAGUGUCGCCUUCACCGAAUUCCAUUUGCGCAACAUUACGAGCUUUCGGGGUUGUAUCUCGGAGAUGUGGAUCAACCACAAGUUAGUGGACUUUAACAACGCGGCGAAAAUGAGCGGAGUGCAGCCUGGUUGCGGCGGCAACGACGACGAGGACGAGGAAGCCGACGAAGCUGCUUCUGCUGCGACGAGUAACAACGGCGACAGCAAGGUCCGCGGUAGCGCCAACAGUGCCGACAUUGCGGACAGUGUGCAAGUGGACAACGCCGAUCAACUGCUACCUCAUUUGCCACCAGCGACGCCGCAACAGCAGCAGCAGCAGCAACAGCAGCACGUUCACGAGCAUUCCGACUUCGCAGUUCUGUCCAGUUCCAGUAAUAUCGAUCCUUGCGCUCGACACGAGUGCAAAAAGGGCUCCACAUGCGAACGCGCGCCCUUCGGCACCGGUUACACGUGCAAAUGCCAGAUUGGCUGGCAGGGCAGAUAUUGCGAGAAAGCGCCAACAUGCCGAAAGGAGCACAUUCGCGAGUACUAUACUGCGAACGGCUGCCGAAGUCGAAGACCCGUGAAGCUCGCUAAAUGUUGGGGCAGCUGUGGUAAUUCCUGCUGCUUGCCACGCAAGACCAAGAGGCGCAAGAUCCGGCUAAUUUGCAGCGACGGCACCCGCUACACCAAGGACGUGGACCUGGUGCGCAAGUGCACGUGCACGCGCAAGUGCUACUAACGCCUCUCCCCCGGGGUGCCGUAAUACACCGAGGCGUCGAGUCGCCGCUGGCGCCGCCGCCACCUCCUUGCUCCCCCUUGGCCCGAAAUAUCUGCGCGCGCGAAGGCGGAAAAGGCUUCAACGGCAGAGUGCGAGACGCGUAUUAACCAAGUUUCGCUUGCGAGGCUAUUCCCUCGCGCAUCAGCUACGUUCUCCAGAAAACCCCCCGUUCUCCGAACCCCCGAACCAGCCGGCCUCCUCCUCCUUCUCCUCCUCGCUCCUCCUCUUAUCUCUGUCUGUGCUUGUGAACCUCCCUCGAAACAACGCGAUGCGACGUAUGUGUAACGACUGCCAUCCUAUUGUAAGGCCGCUCGAUUAUCAAACUAGAUAAAACUGCUACGAAUGGCGAGUGCGUAGAGAUGAAACGACUGCUUAAUGGACGGAUAACUGCUUAGGCCUCUCGCGCGCGCCCGAUACACGAUAUCCCGUGCGUGCGCGCUGGCCUAGAUUAUAAUUAAUCAACAUACACACACAUACGCGCGCGCGCGCGCGCACAUACACACUCGCGACAAUGGCUGCUGCGUGCAAUGCUACCGGCAAUAGCGCCGACAGACCAACGGCAAACACCUUUUUUAUAUCGCAGGAAUUACUAGAUGUGCAAGUAUUAGUCGUUAAGUGCGUAUCGAGCAUCGCGCGCAUUAUACUUAUACAUACGAAUAUAUAGAUAUAUAGAUGAAUGAUAUAUAUUAUCCCGCUGCUCCGCUGACGUGAUCGUUCGAUGAUGAGACUCCAAGCGAAUGACAGAUGGAUUAUCGACGAGCUACGCUGCACUCGCUCUCUCGGUGAGUGAAUAUAUCGAGUUAGAAACAUCAUUUGUUAGCCUGCCCCACUCCCAUUCCACUUUCAAAGUCGAAUUAGCAUAGAGCUCUUGUUACUUUUGACGCGGCACGUCGAAAAGGUAAGAAGAGACUCCACCCUUAGAGUAUACCAUAACUCAGCCGCGCUACAUGCUUGCCCGAGCAAAUUCGACUGGCGUGCCCCCUCCUCCCCCGCCCCUCACACACAACCAACCUCCCACCGCCCGUUUCCUUCCACACGCGUUGUACAUAUACGUCGCGGCCCAUCAUAAAAUACGUACGUACGAAGCAUUCGUUAAAUAGAUAAAAGAACGUUAAGUACCGCAAGAAAAAAAAGACAAAGCAGUGUCUCUCCAUAAGUACAAGCGACGACGUUAUAGUAUUUGCAUUUAAUGUAAAAUUAAAGUUUAUAAACGCAAUAACUGUAUUAUCCGAGCGAGCGCGUGCUUUCACGUUGUUAUACGUACGGCUGUUGAUGUUUUUUCGCUUUUUUUUCCCCCAAAGAAAGCCUUCGACGAGCACCAAAAACGUAUGGUAAAUGAAUUUGAAAUAUCGGACGAGCGUGUGGAAGAGAGGCUCUCUUUCUUUUUAUUUUCUUUAUGCUGCAUGUGCGAGCGCGCGCUCCGAUACUGUGCUAAAUAUUUAAAGAGAAACAUUGACGUUUAAGGUUCACAUCAGAGAAAAAACAAGCCGGAUAUGCACACUCACAUCAUACACACAAGCAUGUAUUUAUUUUAAGCAGUAAGAUUUACUUGCCUUCGCCUUCAAUUGUAAUUAUUGCUGAAUUUUUUGAAUUUAUAUUUUAAUUAUACUACUAUUGUAUUAUUACAUAUUAUUUGUAUUUAAAACAAAUUAUUUACGCAUACGUACGAACACACCAAUCGAGUGAUAUUUUAAAUAUAUACUUUGAAUGUUUUUUUCUUUUAAGUUGUCAGAUAUAUGAGAAAAUAAUGUUGCAAUUUCGGUGAGCUUUGCGCGAGCGAACUGAGAUUUAAAGGAUAAAAACAAAGACAAAUCCCAUAUACAAUGACGUCAAGUAAAUUCAUCGUAGAUAUUUCAAGCAGCAAUUUUUAUUUGGCUUUUCUUUUGACUUUACGUCUUGAUUCAUAUUAUAACAAACUUUUUUUACGGGAUGUAUAUUUCACAAACGUCAACUUUGUUUUAUUAUUUUUGAUUUUAAUUGAUGUUUUAUUGCUACCCCCUCUUAGUUUUAUUCGAAAUUGAUUUGCACCUGAGUAUCACGAUAAAGUUACUUCGUGCGCGCAUUAAUUCUCAAACAGUUCAGUAUUUACGAGAUUGCGCGAUGACUUUAGUUAAGUAUCCGGACUGCGUUAUAAUUUUUACAAACAACCGUCAAUGCAAAAAGCGGUUAAAUAGCAGUAUGGCAUAAUCGAUACCGUAAUAAUAUUGUACUAACGUGCCUCGUCGCGUCGAGGCAAUUAAAUCUGCUCGCAGACUUUGUAAACGAACCGAUUCUAGUUAUUGAAGCAUCCAAGAUUGCCGUAGAUUUGUAAAACUUUAGGACUGCCGAUAAAAAUAAGCAAAAAGCAAACAAACAAACACUGAAUGUCACCUUGCUUUUGGUGUAGGGUGUGCUAUUGUAAAUUCGUCGAAACGAAAAAACAAUUUUUUUUAUAAGAUUGUAGGUCUUCCUUCGUGGGUGCUUCGGUUCUCCAUAAUAACGAUUAUAAAGUGAAAAAAAACGAAAAUAAUGUCACGUGUGCUUCAUGCCUCAUAUUAUAGAUAUAAAUAUAUAUAAAUAUAGAUAAAUUUUUUAUUCGAAUAAUAAACCCCUAUAAACGGCUAUAAUGUAUUUACUCAGCUCAACUACCCAGAUACACCGGCCAGGAUUUUUGUAUAAAAAUAAAAAAUCAAAUAGAAUAAUGAAUAAAGAAAUAUACAUUAAAAUACAAACCACAAUUCAUGAGAGUAACAAUAACGAUUUUCUGCGAUGGGAAUUGAUUGCUCAUUUUUCGCUGUCAAUUUUGAAUGUGGAAAAUACCCCAAAAAAAUGUUUCAACUGUAAUUGUUUAGAAGCGCCUAGCAAGAAAAAAAAGUAUGGCAAAUCAGGGUUAG